UCCCACGAAGUCUUACGCUUUAAUAAAAAAAUCGUCUUUAACGUACGGCCGCAUUAUGACAAUUUCACGAGGCGGCCGCCACGCGACUAAUAAUGCCCAGGCAUCAUCAUCAUGUCUAAUUACAGUUUUGUGCGCAUCAAUUUUGUUCACGAUUAACGGUGUUCGAUGCGACCCUGUCCACACACACCGUGGCCUGAUUGGCGAGGCAGUUUUUGACGUCACCAAGUUUGGAGCCAAAGCCGAUGGCAGAACAGACAAUGCAAUGUCGAUUAUAAGAGCUUGGCAAGCCGCGUGCCGCAGUGUGGGACCCGCGAAGGUCCUGAUACCCAGGGGCCAAUUCGUGGCCUCGGAGAUCAUUUUCGCGGGACCCUGCGUGGCUAGAAAGCCGAUAGUCAUCGAGAUCCAAGGCAACGUGCUUGCGUACGAUGACCUGAGUAGCUACUCGAGCGGUGCUUGGAUAAUGGUGCAAAAAGUCGACGGAAUCCUCAUCACUGGCGGAGGAACCAUCAACGGCCGCGGCAGGGAAGCCUGGCAGUACAAUAGUCAAGGUGGCCCUCUUCUUCCAGUGUCGAUGGUAUUUCAGACGGUGCAAAAUGGGCAGAUAAACUUCCUAAACUUUGUGGACAGCAUGGGUUUCCACCUCAAGGUGACCGACAGCACCAACAUUAUCGUAUCGAACCUGAAGAUACAAGCGCCUGCAGCAAGCCCCAACACAGAUGGGAUCCACCUCAGCAGCAACAUUAAUGUCAAAGUCACAGACAUCUAUAUUGGCACAGGGGAUGACUGUGUCUCGGUCGGCCAUGGCAACCAAAACAUCCUCAUAGCCAGGGUCACUUGCGGCCCUGGCCACGGCCUCAGUGUCGGGAGCCUGGGUAAACGACCGGACGAGACUAACCUGAAAGGAGUGACCAUAAUCAACUGCACGGUCAAUGGGGCAACAAACGGCGCGCGAAUCAAAACCUACCGGGCAUCUCCCCAGUUAUCUGCUUCCACCAUUUAUUUCGAUAACAUUGUCAUGAACGGAGUUGCAAACCCGAUCAUCAUUGAUCAGAAUUAUGCUUCCAAGAAGAAACGCCAGGCAUCUAAUGUGAGGCUAAGUGAUAUCCACUUUAGAAACAUAAGGGGCACGACAACUUCACCAGUUGCGGUCUCUCUCAACUGCAGCUCGACGUACCCUUGCACGGGGGUCGAGCUAUCCAACAUUGAUCUAAGGCCCGCUGGCCGCAUGGGCCCAGUCAGGACCGCUUGCUCCAAUGCUAAGUUCUUUGUGAAGGGGAGAAUUAACCCAGGCCCUGCUAUGUGUACAUAGGCUCUUUUGUUUUUUUGGCCAGCACCAUCAAUUUAUCCCCAAAAUUAAAGAGAUGGGAUUAUAUAGAGAUUUUUUCGGAGUUGUGAAAAAAAAUAUGGAAAAAGAAAUGCAUGAUGUACUGUAGGAGAAAAAAAAAAAAGGAUAAUAAUAAUUUUUCUUUUCGUGGUAUCUUAAGCUCAAGUGAUUAGAAGGCUUGACACCGUGUGUGUGAACUUAUGUAUAAUAUCAACUCCGAAAGUAUAUGGGGGAAAAAAACAAUUGGGCCUUACAA